GGAUAGCCCCCUCCUCCCUGUCACUCCCCCCAGCUCUCACUUUGCUGUUAGAGAAGCCGUUAGUGUCGGAGGCAGUAGAAGAAGCAGCGGCUGCAGAUGCCUCCAGCUCCCCGGAGCAGAGUGAGGAUCCCAGAGCACAAUUUCCCCCCACCUGAAGGGAACGAUGACCCCAAGGAACAUCUCCACCACCCAAAGCCUCUUCCCGGCCAUGGCCAGUAACUCCAGCCAGCAGUUCAUGGGGCUGCAGCUCAUCCACUCCUACAAAGCCCUCAUCAUCCCCUGCUACUCCCUGGUGGUCUUCACCGGCAUCUUUGGCAAUUACCUGCUCAUCUAUGUCAUCUGCCGAACCAAGAAGAUGCACAACGUCACCAACUUUCUGGUGGGCAACUUGGCGUUCUCCGACAUGCUCAUGUGUGCCACCUGUGUGCCCCUCACCUUGGCGUACGUUUUCGAGCCCAGGGGAUGGGUUUUUGGCCACUUCCUCUGCUACUUCGUCUUUCUGAUGCAGCCGGUGACCGUCUACGUUUCGGUCUUCACGUUGACGGUGAUCGCAGUGGACAGGUACCACGCCACCGUUUACCCCCUCAGGAGACGGUUGACCAUUCCUACCUGCGCCUACAUUCUAGCUGGAAUUUGGCUGCUGAGUUGUUUAAUGGCCGCCCCGGCCUUGGCACACACCUACCACGUUGAGUUCCCUCAGCUGGACUUCUCCAUCUGUGAGGAGUUUUGGUUUGGGAUGGAGAAGAAACGCCUGGCGUACGCCUACAGCACCCUCAUCCUAACCUAUGCCCUUCCUUUCAUUAUCAUCGCCCUGUCCUACCUGAGGAUCUCCGUCAAACUGAAGAACCGGGUGGUCCCCGGGAACAUCACCAACGUGCAGGCCGAGUGGGACAGGGCCAGGAGGAAGAAGACCUUCCGCUUGUUGGUACUGGUGGUGGGGGCCUUCGGCAUGUGUUGGCUGCCGCUGCAUAUCUUCAAUAUAAUGAAAGAUAUUGAUAUUCAUCUCAUCGACAAGCAGUACUUUAACCUGGUGCAGCUGCUGUGCCAUUGGUUGGCCAUGAUGUCGGCCUGCACCAACUCCUUGCUCUACGCCUGGUUGCACGACAGCUUCCGAGGGGAACUCAAAAAGAUGUUUCUGUGGAAGAGGAAAAGGAUAGGGCCCACGGCGCCUUGUGUCCUCAGCGUGGUCCUGUAAUUUAUAGAGAGGGAAACAAUGUCCAGAUGGCCCGGCAACUUGUUUGCGCACAGUGGCAUAAACCCCAUGCAUUAUGGAACAGUGGUUUGUACACUUUGCUGGAGAGGAAUGGGGGGG